AUGAAUAAGUUUUAUAUUAAAUUUUUUUUUCUUCUUUUAAGCAUCUCCCUAUGUGUGAAUAAUAAAACCCUUGCAACAGAGCUUGCUCCAAAAACAUAUACAAAACCCAAAUCAAGAAAAUUUACAAUAUUCAAAUCAAAAAAAUCAUAUCCUGCCAAAGAUAAUACAGAAGAAAUAUAUCAAAAAAACAAGCACCUAUUAUAUACCGAUCCCGAAGAAACUAUAAAUGCGUGUAGAUUUAUGACAGAAGCUUUAACACAUUUAGAACAUCAUGCUACAAGUAAAGAUGAUUAUGUAUUAUAUGGUAGAAAUUCUGUUUACUAUAUGUUUUUUUAUAAAAAAAAACAUCAAGGUCAUACAAAUGUUGAAAAAAUUGAAUAUAUAGUUGAUGAUCCGAAUAAGUAUAAUGGAUUAAUAAACAGGUUUUGGAAUCCAGACAGUAGCAAUUUUUUGUAUGCAGGCUCGGUUAAAAAAAAAAUUGUCCGAGUAUACAGUCGAAAUUUAGUAAUGAUACAGCAACGUUGCAAAAAAUGGCCGUGGUCUCGUGAGAAAUAUUUUUAUGCUUUAGCUGCAAAAUUUAAAAUAUCAGAAAACAAAACUAUGAUUGCCAUGGCUUCAACAAAUAUAAGUGAUCACAACCGUAAAAAUAAAAAAUAUUUUGAAAACAAAAUAAUAGAAAAUGCAAAUUUAUUCCAAGCUGAAAUUGAUUCUGAAGAUGAUAUUAGAAAUGGAAAAUUAAUAAAAAUGUUUGUUAACUUAAAUGGAUACAUUGUUGAAAAAAAAAACAAAUAUAUUGAAAUCACCUAUGUCGAUUCUAUUGUUUGUCACCUCAUAAAUAAACGUGUAUUUAAAUAUAUUUUUCAGUACUGUAUAUUAGAGAAUUUAUCUUAA